AUAAUAACCUUUCAUGAGUCAUUUUCAAGAAUGAACGUAGAAGGAAAAGGACAUGUUACAUUAAAAUCAUCUGAUAUGGCUUUGUUUGGUGAAGAAAUAGCAAAAUAUAUAUUAGUUAAUCCUGAUUGUACAACAAAUAAACCUUAUUUUGAAGAAUUAAUCGAAAAAUUUGCCGAGGAUCCUGAUUUCGUCCAAAAUCAAAUACGUCAUCAGCUUGGUUGGUUUUAAUAUGACUACAUUUAUAACGACUUUGUUUUCGAAGAUGUCUUUUAAUUCUGCCAAUUCUUUGUUACCUAUGAAUUCAAAAUCACGAAAGUUUCGGAGCUACGACAGACUCGAUAGCUCGGGAAUGGAAAUUGAAAAUAAACAUAAAAACGUAUUGCGAAAAACAACUUCCGAUUCAGGUGCCAGCUUUAUCUCUUUUCAGCAUGGUAAUAGCGUUAUGGCUAACAAAGCUCCUGAAAAAUUACACAAAUCAUCCCUUCACCCAUCAACAUCCUGCCCAUCGUUUACGUUGGUUUGUAACGUCAAUGUGAACUCUUCUUCGCCCGAUAGCGAAGACCCAGAAGUUGAUACCCUGAAUCAUCAAAAUAUAACUUUCACCAAGAAAAAACGUAAAAAACGUCCCAGUAAACGAAAGAGAUUAAAAUUGAGACUGACUAAACUGAGAGAAAAUAGUAUAAAAAAGUGUCCAACGAAAGAUAAAUUUUGUUCGGAAAGUAUGAAUAAACUUGUUCAUGAUUUUUGCGUCAGGGCUGGGGAUGAUUGCAACGAUGACGAAGACUGGAGUGAAUUUGAAGAUGGCGAAGCCUUCGAUGAAUUAAACGAUGACGAUGACCUAGACAGUUCGGAAUUUAAUCAAAUUCCAACUAAAACAAGAAGAGUUAGAUUCCCCUCCGGUGAUAAAAUUCAUGUUAUCCACGAAAUUGAAGAUUUCAGUGACAAAUUUAACUGGCACUUUGUGGAUAAACAACGUUUCAAAAAUAGAAUUGAGUCUUGUACUCCUAUAAUAAGUCCCUGUCUAGCUAUUGAGCACAGGAGAAAAAUGUAUAAAAAGUUAUUUGGUGCAGAUUUAAAGUAAAAGUUUUGUAUUGUAUUCUAACUUAUUACUAAUAUUAUUAUUACUGCUAUUAUUAAUAAAAUUAAUGUAAAAACGUUAACAGUUUUCUUGUUUCAAGAUGAAUCUAUUAUCUAUUUUAAAAAAAUUUAUUGCUCUUUUGUUUUAUCAGUGACUGUUCACGUUACGACAACGUGAUGUUCAUUGGUGACACUUGGCGACUUAGUUAAUUGGCGUUCUAUUUUUCGAGCGGCCUCUCUUUUCUUUAUCUUUUUCAACGUUGAAACGAGAAGUGGAACCGAUGCAUUCAUACUCAGACGACGCCACUUUUCUAAACAUUUGACUGUUAGAAUCUUGAAUCCACCAUCUAAACGCCUAUUACUUAGGUCAAUCACCUCUAGAUCUUGUGAUCUUGAUCUAUAAUCUCUAGGCGGUGCGAAUGGUAGCUUAUGAUAAAGCCAAACCCAAUCUUUACCAACAUCUUCCGAUGCCAAUUUAAAUGCCUCUUCCAAUUCGUCCUUUUCGUGAGUCAGCAUGCCUGGCGUGUAUCCAUAGUGAUAGAUCUUUUUUACUGUGUCCGAAUGUAAUUUUAAUUCUCGAAUACGCUUUAGGAUGGUUACUCUAUUAGAGUGUAAUUGAAUAUCUGCGAGAACCAAUUCCAUAUCCUGAUUUUGUCUUUCUAACUGUCCAGCGGCUAUUUCCUGAGAUUUAAAAGCGGUAUCUAGUUCUGAUCUUAAUCUUAAAAUAUCCCUAUCAAUUCUAUCUUGUUCCGCUUGAAGAGUUGUUAUUUGAGUAUCAAUAACUUCACCUUUUCCGUCUAAUCUUCUGAUUUCAUCUUUUAAAUUUUCCGUUGUAGAAGAUAAAUAAUUAAAAACUGUCGGCGAAUUUUCUUUUCUCGUUUGCAUUUUAUGGCGACAUUUCUCCAAAUCUCUCCAUUUAUUAUCCCUGUCGCGAGCCACAUUAUUCCUGUGUUCUCGAGCAUCUAAUUCCCUCCUCUUAAAGUAACGUUUCUCGUCCCUAGCUUCUGUUAGAAAUCUCUCAACUUUAGACGCCUGCAGCGACUUCCUUUUCGAUUUCAGCUCCAGACGAUCUCGUUCAGCUUCAAGAGCUUUUAGGACAUCUCUCAACUCCAAUUUCUUUUUAUUAUACAUGUUUAUUUCUUGUUGAAUUUUCCUCGUAUAAGUCGCAUCCGAGGUGACCCAUCUUUUCAUUGGUUCGCAAACCCUUCUUAAGCGUUCGACUAUUUCCUUCAUUAGAUCAUAAACUCGAUCAUAGUUAUUGAUAUAUUUCGUAAUGGGACCAGGAGCACCAUAUGUAUCCAUCUCAUCAAGUGUAGAAUCGAGUUCUUGGAAUCUUUCUCUUAUAUCACUAUCCCAUUGAGAAAUUUUUCUUUCUUGUUCGUCUAUAGGCUUUAGGUCAUAGCCCUCUGCUUCUUGAUAAAAGCUUAAACAGUAAGGUUUCAAUUGGUGAGUGUAGGCGUCGUAUAAGUCAUUUUUCAGCGAAAAACUAAUAUAUUCAUAUACCCUCCCCCUCUCGCACAUAGUUCGUAAUUGACCAUACUCUUUUGUUUCAACCCUUGAUUUUGAUUGUAACGGUUCGAAGUCUUUAUAGUCUUCUAACUCUGAUAGUUUCUUUCCUGAAUUUGAUGCAAUCUUCUCCAUACUAUCCAGCCAUUUUUCGGUAUCAGGCGGUGGCCCACUUAAAUAUCUUUCCGAAAAUAUAUGGCACUCCUUUUCAACAUUAUAAAUAGCUCUCAUUAUCCUAGCUCGAACUACCUCCAGGGAAACAGGUAUAUAUUCGGCCCUCCUCCGUCUACUUGUAUUGGGAGAAUCCAAUGACGAUGAGCUCAUCUUGAAUUUCGAUCUGCGAAUGAAGCGGCGAUGAGUGAAAACAGAAUUUAGUGAUCGGCAUUGUUUUGAAUUCAUGCUGUCUCUCUAUCUAGAUAGCUUAAGUGAGUGACGAAAAUUAUUGAAUAGAUCAACAGGGCAACGUGCAAUAUUCGUUUAUAUUCUAGUCCGUUCAAUACCCGAAAGAAUGUAUUUAUUUUCUAUUUAUUACCAUAAUUCAACAUUAUGUUCUAUAAGGGCGUUUCAUCGAAACUGAAUGAAUCUUCAUAAAUGUUUUCUUCCGAUUCAAAGACUUUAAAUGGCCUUAAGAAAACGGCAGUUUUCGAUUGUGAUACAAGUCAAAUCCGUUAUUAUUGGAUUGCUUUUGGAAGUACUGUCAUAAGUCGGUUGUAAAUAGGACGCGGGAACCCAAGCUGGUUUGUCGUCACUUUCAUCGAUAAUUUGAACAAGCCACCACCCAUUACUACUUUUCUGUACCACAUCUACUAUCUGACCACACUUUAGGGUCUUCUCGUCUUUAGAUUCCUUAGUAUAAUCAGCUAUUACUUCGUACGACGAACAAUGAAUUGGCGGCGAUACGGACAAGUAAACACCGUCUCUAUUAUGUUGUCUACCAUUUAAAAGCGAUAGUAAACUAAAAGACUUUUUUUUCUUUUGCAGAACUCUUUCUCCAUUGAAAAACUUAAGGUCUUUGGCAUUUAUUGUGAAAAAUUUUGAUACUUGGUCGUUAAUUUCUAAGAGUCUUAAAUCCAUUAGAUUUUUAGAAUAUUUUUCCAACUUUUUACUUCUCUCUUCCGCAAACUUUCUUGUUUCCAUUCUUCUAAAUAAUUUUUUACCUUUUAAGAAAAAAAAAACUAUAAAUUUUAAAGCCAGAGUGAUUGAUGUAAAAACAGUUUUUGUUCCAUGAAUAAUUGAGAACGUUCUUUUUUGUAACCUGGUAAGAAUGGAAGUGUACGUUGUCCUUUUUUAGGGAAAAGCACUUUCAGAUUUAACUGUAUUAUAGAAGAAAACGUGAUUUUAAAAAGUUAUUAACGAACAGUAUUUUUAAUUUUAUUUGAAGGA